AUGGACCGCAACCUGCAGCGAACCUCUACCUUGUGGAUCAUUGUCCUUCUCUCAUUUUGCAAACUCACAGAAAGCCGGUUAGGUUACAGCCGAGGCUCCAUCAGCACAGAAAACUCUCACAGCCCGAGCAGGACUAUUCAGUCUGAGCUGUCUGCUGCUGUAAAGCAACAACAAAGCCCGCAGCUCAAUGCUCAACCUCGACCCGUCGUGGUCCAGUGCCACCCAGAUUCAAUGGAGGUUGUGGUGCAAGCUGAUUUGUUUGAAAGCGGCCUUCUGGUGGACGGCAAACACCUGCGCCUGGGCUCAGACUUAGUGAGAGAGGGGAGUUCAUGCGGUGCAGUCCCAUCAGGAGAGGCGGAAUUCAUCCUACAGGCCCACCUGACGGACUGUGGAACCAAACUCUCUUCGACAAUAGAGAAAAUUAUCUAUUCUACUGUGCUGGUCUACUCACCUGAACCUUCAUCUGAUGGUUUGCUGAGACUGGAUGGAGCAACUAUUCCACUUGAAUGUCAUUAUGACAAGAGAUACGGUGUUGAUGGCAUUUCUCUGCAUCCCAACUGGGUUCCUUUCAUCUCCAUGGCCACAGCUGACGAUCAGAUAGACUUCAGUCUGCAACUCAUGACGGAGGACUGGCAGUUUGAGAGAGGAUCUUACGCAUACUUCCUGGGUGACCCAAUUCAUUUCCAAGUGUCUGUCAUCAUGGGUAACCAUAUGCCCUUACGAGUCUACGUCAACCAUUGUGUUGCCACAGUAACACCCGAUGUAAAGGCAACAUUAAGAUAUGGUUUUAUUGAGCAUUACGGAUGUCUUGCUGAUGCUUACCUGACAAACUCUAGCUCUCAUUUCCUACCAAGAGCCGCAGAGCACACGCUUAGAUUCCAGCUAGAUGCAUUCAGGUUUGACCAGGAGCCCAACAAUCAGGUCUAUAUCACCUGCUACUUGAAGGCUGUUCCAGUCGCGUCAGCUGUCAGCUCUCAAAACAGGGCGUGUUCUUUUAUUGGCAACAGAUGGCUGUCAGUUGAUGGUAAUGACCAUGUAUGUAGAAGUUGCGACAGUUCUCAUCGGGUUGAGGAGCCUCCAUCCACAGAGCCUCCUAAAACAACUGUCAGCACCAAAGCCUGGCUCGACAUGACGGCACAGGAGAGUUUUGUCCAGAACAGCGCCAAACAUCACCCGGCCACUUUUGUCCGUUUCCGGCCUGGAAUGCACCAGAGCAUACACUACAGGCCUCAACAGUCCCCUGCUGGAUUGAUGAAAAGAGAAGCAGACUACAAAGUGGAGAGAACUGUCCAGCUGGGACCUCUUAUUGUCACAUUGCCAAAAGAUUCCACAACAGCACUUUCACCCACGAAAAAAAACACCUGAAACUGAGGAUUGGACUCUAGAAGAUUAAAAAAAACAGUAACUUCAUUCCUGCCUUUUUCAAAGCAGAAGAAAUAUAACAGCAUCCUAGAAACCCCACACACAGCCACUUUGGACAAAACUGCCUUUCCUCAGAGAUGAAUCUUGUCAUUCUAAAUAUCAUUUCACUUGACAUAUGCAUUACCUUGUUAGUAUUUACUGUUAUCGUUUUACUUAAAAUAUAACUUUUGUUACAGUUCUUUCUGCACAAAUGUAACCCUUUU